CGAAUUCCUUUUUUCUUUCCCCCUUUUUAACAUACGAGAGUUUCACUUUCGCAAAUUGGAAAGUCCAGUGAGAGUGAGAGAGAGAGAGAGAAAUGGAGAGUCUUGCUCUUGUUGAGUUGCUAUUUCAUCCAAUUUGCUCAACAGCUUUCAUCCUCUUCCUCGUCUUCCUCCUCCAAAAAUGGCUAAAAUCUUCCAUUUCAGACCAAUCCUCGCCCCCAUCUCCGCCAAAAAUCCCCAUUUUCGGCCACCUUCUGAACCUGGGUUCCCUUCCCCACAUCACUCUCCAAGCCUACGCCCGGCGCCAUGGCCCUCUGUUUCUCCUUCACAUCGGCAGCAAGCCCACCAUCGUGGCCUCUUCCGCCGAGAUGGCUCGAGAAAUCAUGAAGACCCACGAUCUGAUCUUCGCCGACCGCCCCAAAUCAAGCAUAAGCGACAAGCUUCUCUACGACUCCAGAGAUAUAGCCGCAUCCCCUUGCGGCGAAUACUGGAGGCAGAUGAAGAGCAUUGCAGUGCUUCAUCUAUUGAGCAACAAAAGGGUUCACUCCUUUCGCUCCGUCAGAGAAGAGGAAGUCAAACUGAUGAUCCAAAACAUCCGACAGAAUCCGGCGUCGGUGAAUUUAAGCCACGAAUUCUCUAGACUGACGAAUGAUGUGAUUUGCAGGGUGGCUUUAGGGAGGAAGUACGGGGCCGUGGCAGGGGAAGAUAAGUUCCGGGAUAUUCUUCCCCAAUUUGUGAAAUUGUUGGGGAGUUUCAGUGUUAGAGACUUCGUUCCGUGGCUGGGUUGGAUUGAUGGGAUCAGUGGGAUGGAUGCCAAGGCAAAGAAGGUAGCCAAAGAACUUGAUGAUUUCGUUGACAGAGUGAUUCAAGAUCAUGUCCAUGCAGAUUACAAUCCCGAGGAGCAGAGUCAGGACUUGGUGGAUGUGCUGCUUUCAAUUCAGAGACAAGAUUCCAUCGGUUUUCCCCCCCUUGAGAUGAAAAGCAUAAAAGCUUUAAUCUUGGACAUGUUUGCAGGAGGUACAGACACAAUAUACACGGUGUUGGAGUGGACAAUGUCAGAACUUUUGAGACACCCAGAAGCGAUGAAGAAAUUGCAGAGUGAGGUGAAAGAAGUAGCAGGGGAGAAAGAAUACGUGAGUGAGGAUGAUUUAGAGAAGAUGCAUUACUUGAAGGCAGUUAUCAAAGAAACGUUGCGUUUACACCCACCGAUCCCACUACUAGUCCCGAGAGAAUGCAUACAAGAUGUGAAAUUAAAGGGGUACCACAUUAAAAGGGGGACCCUAGUGAUGAUCAAUGCAUGGGCUAUUGGAAGAGAUCCACAAGUGUGGGGAUCAGACGCAGAGGAGUUUCAACCAAAUAGGUUUAUAAAUAGUGGGAUUGAUUUCAAGGGCCAUGAUUUCGAGUUGAUCCCAUUUGGAGCAGGGAGAAGAGGGUGCCCUGGAGUUUUGUUUGCGACAAUAAUUGGUGAGAUAGCCUUAGCAAAUGCGGUGUGUAAAUUUGAGUGGACAUUGCCAGGUGGAACAGAUGCUAAAAGUCUAGACAUGACCAUGGCCUCUGGAUUAACCAUUCAUAGACGGUUUCCACUUGUAGCAGUGGCCACUCCUUGCUAGAGGCCAACCUCAACAUCAUUGUUGCAGAGCAUCGUUUCAACUUUAAUAUCUAGUAUCUAUCUAUGUAUAUAAACACAUGAUAAAACUUAGGUGUUUAUUAAUAAGUGGUAAUUGAGAAGAGGAGGAUUUCAACUUUACUAUCUAGUAUCUAUACAUACACAUGAUAAUUUAUUUUUCCUAUUUGUCAUUGUUUUAAUAAUUGUAAGUAGGAAAUACCUACGCAUCUAAGGACCCGUUUGCUAAUAUUAUGUGUUUCUCGUUUCCAAUUU